AUUUGGUAAUUUUGAUUUUCGUCGGUCGAUUUUUGAAGUUCUGUUAAAUAUGUCUGAAUCAGCAAAUGAGUUAGURAAGCAUUCAGGGGGAUGUCAUUGUGGUAGUGUUAGGUUUGAGGUCAUAGCGUCUCGCACRCUCCACGUUUACGACUGCAAUUGUAGCAUUUGUAUGAAGAAACAGAAUAAACAUUUUAUUGUACCCAAGAAACACCUGACAAUAACAAAGGGCGAAGAAAACCUUUCAUGUUACACAUUUAAUACUCAUCAAGCCAAGCAUUAUUUCUGUAAAACCUGUGGUGUCCAAAGUUUUUAUGUCCCACGGUCAAAUCAMGAUGGUUAUGGAGUUGCACCACACUGCCUAGAUCAAGGAACAGUGGAUGGCAUAGAAGUUGAAAAAGUGGAUGGCCARAACUGGGAAAAGUGGAUAAAAGAUAAUCCAGCAAUUUUGAAAAAGUCCAAAUGAAUAAUAUCUUUCUUCAUUAAAGACGCUGGCCGUGAGAACACUGCUUGGUUUUGUGUUAAAGUGUGUGGGUGGGAAGGUGUACACAAAAGGGAACUUAGUGAUGUCACGCAGACUAUCCUGCAUAUGAUUAACCUUGGCAUGUACACUCUUUGGAUAAUUUCGCAAUAUGCAUCUCCCCCUUUAUAGCUAUGUCAGCUGUUUUACUUGACAAUAGACUCGUGUGCAAGAUAUAUCUAUUAAGUAAGAAUUGAACCCUACGAACAAAUAUAGUGCUGACGACAUAUCAUUAAAAUCUA